AUGUGGACACCUUUGAGUCGAACUGCCCGAAACUGUUCGCGACGUUUGUCGCAAAGUCGCUUCUUUGCCAAGCGACGCAAGCGCUUGGACGAGUAUGAUCACUAUGAAAGGCCUUUGAGCGCAAAGUCGUGGAAAAGGUUACGUUUUGAAGGCAGUUUUUUUGAACAUAGCUUUCAGGAUAUGACCCCCGGGGAAGUCUCCAAUUCCGUCUUUGUGGCGUCUAAAAUGGACGUGCAAAACGACGCUUUUUGGACACGUGCCGCGCUGGGGGUAGCGGAUCUGGCGGGUGCCAUGACGGCACGGCAACUGACGGAAACCUGCUGGGGCUUUGGAGCGGCCAAGUGGCAUGACGACGCCUUGGUGAAGGCCUUGGCGGCGCCUUUGAUCAAGCUGGCGCCCAGCAUGAAGGCCACGCACCUGGCGAGCAAUGCGCAAGCCUUGGCGCGGAUGAAGGUCCGAAACGUUGCGGUGCUCCAAGCUCUGUCACAGGCGGCCCAGCAGUCCCUGCAGGCAGGGCAUUUGAAGGGCAAGGGCCUGGCGAUGAUCGCGAAGGCCUUCGCAGAACUGGAAUUCGACUGCACGGGAUUUCUGAGUGCUCUAGAUUCCUGUGCAUCUACAGGCGCUGGGACGUGUCGCUUGGACGUUUCUUUGGAUCUCUUCCACAGCCUUUCGCUGGCGUCGAAGCCGAGCACCUCGCCCUAUCCGCAGCCCAUCGCAACGGCUCCGAUGGCAGCGGCUCCGUCGACCUCGGCGAUGGCCUUGGCGGAAACCUUGGCUCUGAGGGUCAAGGAGCUGGAGGCCCCUCAGUUGCAUACCUGUGCUUUGGCCAUGGGAAAACUGCGGGUGGAUGAUGUGAACGUGAUCCGAUCUUUUCAGAAGGAAGUCUUAGCGGAUUUGAGCGCUCUGCACACCAAUUCUUUGCCUCCCGUCCUGGAGUCCUUUGCAUUGUGCUUCCAAAGCUUGGCAGCCAAAGGAAAGGACACGUCGGAUCCGGAGAUUCUGCAAGAACGAGAGACCUUCCUCCUCCAAGUCACCGGCCGCUUGGCGCGUGAGCUGCGCCUGCUGCGGCCGCAGGACGCCACCCGUCUGCUGCAGGCCAUCGAUCGCCUGGGCCUCGUGGAGCCGCGGCUGCUGGGGAUGGCUGCGCAGCUGGUGCCUGAGAGGUUGGCCAAGUGGAAAAAGGACGAGUUGCUGGCGCUGCUGGAAGCCUAUGCCGCCGCGGAGAACGAGGACCACUUCAUGGUGCCCUGUUUGCGCAGGGCCUUGGUGCCGUUGCCUCAAGCCAUGGAUCCGAAGCAUGAUGCCAGGUCACUGGAUGAUGUGCAGAUCGUGAGGGCGGCCGAGGCCUUUGCAGCCUUGAAACACAUCAGUGGCUUGGUGGCGUUAUUGACCUUGCGCACACCGGCGUCGACAUUCACGGCCAGUUGUCAGUUUCUGGGGUUGGCCCUCGCUUCCCUCGUUGCGCACCGCGAUGCUGCGUGGAAUGAGGCCACACGGCAACUCGUGGAGAAAGCCGCCAGAGAUGCGGAAGCCUUGGAGGAUGGCAACAGGAAGCCUGACGAUCCAGGAGCACCAAGCAGCGUUGGCGAGAGAGCGGAAUCUGAGGCGAUGACUCAGGACCCAACGGUAGAUCCCGACACCUUGAGACCUUUGAGCCGCCAUCAGAGAAAAGCUCAUCGUCGUGCUGCUGAAGAAAGAGCCCAGUUGAAUAGUGCUACAUCACCGAACCCAAAGACGCUUUUGACUUCUUUGCCUCAGACUGCACCGAAGGCGAGUUCAAACACCUCCAAUGCAUGGCGAGAUGACAUGCUACGCGGCUUGAAUCAGGCUGUUGCAGACAAGCAUGACAAGGACAAGGAGCUUGAGGUGUGGCGCAUCCAGAUAGCAUCAUACCUACCACCGAACGAGGCGGCGAUGAUGCUCUAUGUGUCGCUGAAGGGCGAGGCCGAGGAAGAGCUGGAGUGGUGUGACAUCGCUCAGAUCAACCAUGCUAAUGGGAUUGACAACAUCAUCGAAGCUUUGAAGCAACCCCUCAUGACCAAGAGCAUCUAUCUCAAGCGUCGCUACUUGCAUGAGUAUGAGUACGUCCAAAGGUAUGCCAAUGAGUCCAUCAGAUCUUUCUGCAACCGCUAUGGCAGGAUUGAGAGAAGCCUGAAGUCCGUCGACAUCAAUGUGGGCGGCAUGUACGACUCCGAGAGCCGUGGUUCUCGACUUCUUGAGCGCAUGCGUCUUGGCCUGGAACAACAGCGAUUGAUUUUGGUCGCAUCAGGUCAGUCUCUCGACUUUGAGAUGAUUCGUGAGGCUGCCCAGGUUCAGUUUCCAGACCAUAGACCGACUCCACCUGUGCAGUACCUUCGUGAGUUUGAUGGCGCGAAGAACGAUGCGAAUGGUGCACAACCUCGCCAGCCACCUCGACAGCUAGGAGGCAAGAAUGGCAGUCACUUUCAUGGCAAGGACAAGGGCAAGGGCGUUGGAAAGGGUUCACCAUCAGCAAAUAGGCAUACUACCUAUGUGACAGAAGUGAAUGAGGCUGAAGAACUCCCUGAUGACCAGGGUGAUGCUGAAGGACCCACAGAUGACUUGGGCGAUACAGUAGCAACAAAUGAUGAGACCAAUGAGAAUGAAGAUGGCCAGACAGAGGAUGCCGAAGAAGGCGACCCCGCUGACGACCUUGAGGAGGUGGCUCGUUGCCUGACGGUGACGGCAAGAAGGCUCAAGGGCCUCACCCUGGGUAGAAAGUUCAGCGGUGGUUCCAAGACGAUCGCACAGAGGAAGCAAGAGUCCCAUUGCGCAGCCUGUGGCGCAAAAGGCCAUUGGCAAGGAGACAGCGAAUGCCCUCAUGCUUCCAACAACAAAGGCGGCAAGUCAGGGAAAAGCAACAGUUCCCCGAAAGGUGAUGCUCAGCCGAGCAACCCUGGCAAGAAGGUUCUGACCGUGCAGCACGGGGGCGGCAAACGUCUUGUGACUUUUUCUGAUGAGAGAUCAGGUGCUGAUGUUGAGACCAACUCCAGCAACAAAGAAGCUUUUGGAACAUACUUCACGGCAUACAUGGUGAAGACGCCGAUCAGUUCGGUCCACCAAGUGUUCACGAACACCUUGAACACGUUUGCCGAGUUUCUGGUAUUGGAUACGGCAUGCCAAAGGACAUGCUGCAGCACAAAAUGGUUUGAGCUGUGGGAGAGCAUGGUCCACGACAAGUUUGAUUUGUUUGCCAAGAAGACCCCCAAUGCAGAGCCGUUUGAAUUUGGACAUGGACCUGCACAGUACAGCCACAUGCAUGCCUAUUUGCCAGUAGCUUUUGAUUACACAUUGUCUACUACAUGUUUGAUUGGCACCUGCAUCAUCAAUACCACCAACGACAUUCCGUUGUUAGGCAGCCACCACCUUCUUUCCAAGCUGCAUGCGGUCAUCGACCUGCCACGAGGAGUGGUUUGCUUGGAUGGGGGCAUCGAAGUUCCAAUUGAAGUCAUCAAUGGCCAUUUAGCAGUGAAGAUCACAUGUUUUCCACCUCAUCCCAAGUCAUUUCAUGAAGUUUGGCAUCAACUAGGUCUUUUGUCAGAUGAUGAGCAUGCAGAUGUUGAGAUGAUUUGCAUGGCCGACUCUGACAAGCUCAAGUCCAGCAAUUUGCAAUCAAUUCGACCUGAUGGCACUUCCUCCAGCAUGGCUUCAAGCGUGGCGUCGCAUGAUCAUAGCCUUGUUCACGGCAGAGAAGUACCUAGCCACAGUGAUCAGCAAAGCCGUUCGACUGCGCCUUCGACCGAGGGCAUGGCUGGAUCAUCAAGACCCCAUGUGGAUGGAGGAAAAGAGCAUCCUCCUGAAGAAGGCGAUGUCGGCAUGCGAGCACGAUCAGAUUCAAAGAUCGGGCAACAAGCACGGAAGGUACAGCAAGUGCCUCAUGUGCGGCAAAAGAUGGGUGUGGGACCAAGAAAGCAAUCAAUGGGCAGAACCAUUGCAAAGGCGGCCGCGACCGCUGCCUUCACCGUCCUCUUCCACGGCAUCAACCUUCAAGGAUCCCAAGUUCACCCCGGCCAGUAUGAUGGGCCUGAAGCCACCGCCUUUUGCUCUUUCCAAGAAGGAAUCUACGAUCCAAGCCACGGCGCGUCCCAAGUCCUCUACAGCCAAGAGAUCCCAGCGUCGAUUGGCCCAGGAGGAGAAGAUGUCGGACGACGAUCUGGACUGGAGCCUGGUCAACGACUCCCCUUCGUCUCCGGCAACAUGAAGAACGGCAACAAGACAUGGGUCACGGGCCAUUUGAAGUCCGUGGGCAAGAUCUAUGAGAAGGAGAUGCGGGCAUAUGAGUGUCUCCCCACGCAUCAUGACCAUGUCAACGACAAGUCACUAGCGGAUGUGGUUGUCAUCGACCUGCUUGAGGUUUUUGCAGGCGCAGCACGCGUCUCUGAGCUUGCCCCAAGGUUUGGACUUUCAGCUUGCCAGCCCUUUGAUUUGAUCUAUGACAUCGACCUCAAGACUUCAGAGGGCGAGAAAUUGCUGGUAAAUGCAGUUCGCAAGCUACGUCCUUUGCUACUCCUUGUGGCAUGGCCUUGCGGACCUUGGAGCAUCUUCAACCAGAACAUGAACUACUCCGACCGGCCUCACGAGCUGGAGGACAUCCGAGACGAAGAUCGUCCCUUGGUUCGACUUGGAGCCAGACUUUGUAAAGAACAAGCACAGCAGGGGCGCUUCUAUCUUGGCGAAAAUCCAUUGCGUUCAGCCAUCUGGAAUGAAGAUGACGUCCAAGAGCUUCGCGACUUACCAGAGAACUGGGAAGUCACCUGCGAGGCGGGAGCCUAUGGAGCAGAAACCCUUGACGGCUUCCCCAUUCAGAAGCCACACCGCUGGGUGACCAACAGCGAGUACAUCGCCCAGAACUUGACCAAGAAGCUCACACCAGAGCAGAAGCUAUACACCGUGAAGGUGGAAGGAAAAGAAACUGCUCGGUCCGGGCAAUACUGUGAUGGCCUGGCAUGUGCCAUCCUUGACGGCCUACAGAAAGAAGCAGCUCGAAAGAAUCCUCAACGCUUCCAUCGAGUUCCAGGAUCAUCUGAAAAGCACCAAGUCUAUUAUGCCAAGCCAGUGGAAGAUGAAGACGCUUGGCAAGACAUCCUGGACGAAGUCGAAAGACGCUUCCAAAACACCUACAAGCGUCCGUUUGAAAUUUCUGAUUCUGACGAGCUGAUGAAAAAGAUCAAGCAGUUGGUCCCCUGGGAGAUGUCUCGAGUUCAAGCGGCUUGGACACCUUCAGCAAGAAGAUGGCCCAUGGACAUCCCAUUCACUCAUCGUGGAUGUGCGAUGCGAACCAUUGCCGGCAAGUUCAUGAUUGAGCACGAAGACAUGGCUUCAGUUCCUUAUCCACGGCAAAGGUUCGCUGAUCCCAUUCGAGUGGGCAUUUUCUUCUUUGGUGUUGGCGAAGAUGAGCACUUCAAGACUGACACCAAGGAGGCCCCUGCGGAUGAGAAGUCUGAAAAGUAUGAGAGGGUGACUGGUGUGACCACAGACAUCUACUUUGAAGGCGGCCCACCGAUGUCCCGAGAGAUGAAGACCUCAAUUGCCCGACUGCACUGCAACCUUGGCCACGCUUCCAAACAGGAGAUCAUCCGGAUCCUUGCAGCAGCAGGCAAAUUGGACUCUCGGAUCAUGGGUGCCUUAGAUGCCCUCAGAUGUGGUUCAUGCAUCCGCCUCUCAAAGACCGUGAAGCCAAACCCAUCGUCAACAGCAUCAGCAACCAAAUACUCAGGUGCUUUUGGCGACCAUCUCCAAGCCGACAUCAUUUUCAUUCGAAUUUUGACAGGUGAAGCAGUGCCAGUUCUUGGCAUUGUAUGUACGUCAACCAAUUUCCACGCUGCCAAGGUGCUGAACAGCCGCCAUGCCGAUGAAGUUUUGGCGGCUAUGAUCGAGAUCUGGUACAAGCCUCUGGGAUUGCCCAUUUCCAUUACUUUGGAUGCCGAUACUGCCUUCUUGAGCAGCAACCAGGCCUGGCACCAGAACCUCGGCAUUGAGUAUGACAUCAUACCCACCGAAGAGGCAUGGCGACUUGGCAAGAUUGGCAAGCGCAAUGCUUUGAUGAGGACACUUGCCGAAAGACUGAUUGAUCAGAACGCCACCUGUGAUCGGAAGCACCUUGAAGAGAUCCUAGUGGCUGUCCUUUUCUCAAUGAACUCAUCAACAUACACCUACGGCAGGAGUCCCUAUCAAGCAGUUUUUGGACGUAUACCACGACCUGUCGGCGACUUGAUUAGUGACAGCAAAUCACUGACCAUCAGCCCACAGGUGCACCCUGAACAACAAGCACUACAACCAGAACUCCUGCGAGCUGAAGCUCUGACAGCAUUGGCUCAGUUCUCAGCAUCUCAAGCGGUGAGACGAGCACUCUUGCGAAAAACAAGGAAUCAAAACGACCUCAGUGAUCUUCAACCAGGCCAAGCUGUUGCCUUUUGGAGGAUGAGCGGAAAGAGUCGUCAACACAAGAAAGGCUCUUGGAACCUUGCUCGCUUCCUCGCCUACGAUCCUGAUCGCAAGAGCUGCUGGAUUCAGCUUGGCAAGACUUCUCUGCGAGUUGGUACUACGCAGCUGAGGCCAGCUUCCGGUUGGGAGGCAUGGACCCCUUCAGAUAGUGAUCUGAAGCUGAUCCGUGAGGCUGAGAACAACUUCGCUGCGGGACUCUGGCUGGAUGAAACUGCUGCAGAAGGUCCCAACGAAGACGACAUGAUGAACGUCGAUGAGGAGCUCUUUCAGUUCCAUCCUACCAAAGCCAGACGAACUCAAGAACCUCGACCAUUGCAAGCAGAAGAAAACGCCAUGCUUGGCGAUGACCAGUUUUGGGAACCAGAGCCAUCUGCUGAGGUCCCUUUUCCAGGUCUUGAACAAACACCCGCUCUGGGUGACAACAUAUCUGGAGACGUCCAGAUGGCAAACACACCAGCAACAGCAGCACAGACAAAUCUGCUGACACACCAUGUCAGUAUGACAACAAAUAUCCAACAACUUCUCGACCUCUACGACGACGACACGGCAUCGAUGAAGUGCCCCCACUGGGACGGAAGUCCAAACUUGAGCAACCCAUACUACCACAACCAGUGGGCUUAUCAAGCCUAUCUCAACAGCUCCAAGCGAAAACAUGAGCUCCGAGGAUUAUCUGAGCCAGAACGCCCAGAUUGGGACGUCUCAGACGAUGACGAGGAUUUGAGCCUGUCCGACAACCGUCAUCUCUCUCGUCAGGAGCUCAAACAAUUGGACCGUGAGAUCCCAUGGAGGGAGAUUGUCCAGAUGCCGGCCGCCGUCAAAGAGAAGUACAUUGAAGCUGCAGCAAAAGAAUAUGCUGGCUGGAUGAAAUGGACGGGAAUCCGUCCUCUGACAGACGAAGAGGCUGACACCAUCUUUGCAGACCCAGCCAAGCGGAAGCGGAUUAUGAAAUCCCGUGCAGCCUACCGCGACAAGUCGCGAGGUCUUGGUGGACUUGCUGCGCUGAAAGCCAAGUGCAGGGCCGUGAUCAUUGGAUGCGGAGACCCAGACCUUCGACAAUUGACACGAGACUCACCAACUCCAACGCGGCUGGCUGAAUAUGUGAUACUGUCAAUAGCAGCGGCUGGACGAAGACAAGAUGGAACCGAGCGAAGCGGUCCAAUCUAUAUGGAACCGCCCCAAGAUCCAUUGAUUCAAGCUGCCUCAGCGUUUCCGGCAAGACUGUAUGAAGUGAUUGGAAACUGCUACGGUUUGGCCAACGCACCACGUGUUUGGUACAACAAAGUACGAGACACAUUGCUGGCUGCCGGUUUCCAUCAACACUCAUUUGACAGAUGCCUCUUCUACCACCUUGAUGAGAACCAGCAGCUGGAUGCCAUCUUGAUAGUCCACGUGGACGACUUUAUGGCCACAUACUCACAGACCUUUCCUUUGCACACCCUUGAAGAGAUGUUUGAGUGGGGUAGCGUGACCAAAGUUGAUGAGCAGACCCCCGGUGAAUACCGUGGCAAGGAAAUUCAACUUGUCAAGCAGGAUGGCAAGUUCGUCUACAAGGUCACACAGAAGAAGUUCCUUGACAACCUCACCGAAGGAAAGAUCAAAGUCGGCCGUCUGCAGCAGAGUCCUGAACUGACUCCUUCAGAAUGGCAAGAGAUGAGAAGUGUGUGCGGCUGCCUACAGUGGAUUGGAGGACAGACACGACCUGACGUGUCUUCCACUGCCUCGCUUGCACACCGCGGCCACGAGACUGACAUCAAUGACCUUAAAAAGCUCCACGAGGCCUUAAAGUAUGCCAAGAUGACUGCCGACUCCGGCUUGACCUUCCCUGCGGUGCCUCUUGGAAAGUCUUCGGUCAUUGUCACGUUCGCAGACUCUGGAUGGGCAAAUGCAGCAAGGUUUUCAUCCCAGUUUGGAGUGAUGAUCGUUCUUUGCCCCGCUCAAGUCACUGAGAAGACUUGUUAUGGUUUUCCACUUGACUGGAAGAGCGGAAGAAGCCCAAGAAUCUGUCGCAGCACUCUUGCUGCGGAAGCUUGCGCGGCUGAUGAAGGGACGGAUCGUUCCUGCUUCCUGAACAUGUUCCUUACGGAGCUGCUGUUCCCGAAGCAGGCCAAAAUGGGCGAAAUGAGAAUGUCAGCACUGCACGUGACCGAUGCCAAGUCGCUCUACGACGUGCUGAUAGCCGAGAAUCCUGUGCUCAGUGAGAAGCGUGCCACGAUGAACGUGCGAAGCGUUCAGCAGGUGUUGGCACCAUCGCAGAUCCACUGGGUCCCUACGACCCUCAUGGUUGCAGAUGGUUUGACGAAACAUGACGUGAAACUGCAAGAUGGUCUGCGCAUGUGGUGCAAUCUGCCUGUGGUUCAGCUGAGAGAAGACAGGUUGAUGGAGGCCCUCUCCCACGCGAUUGCCGAGCACCCCCAGUGGUGGUCAGCGGCAGAUGCCAAGAGAUACCCGGCGGAUGACAUUCUGCUGGCCAUUUUGGGCUUCCCACGUCACCGCUGCGUUGCGCUGUGGUGCGACGUCCUGGCGACGAAGAUCUCCGAGUCCAGCCUGGCGCUGUUGCCGGCACUGCUGUUGAGGCUGGAAGGCUCAGAGGCGGCGGCGGCCGCCUUACAGCCUGCGGCGGAGAUGGAGCUGCUCCGACGCCUGGGCGCUCGCGCCGAGGCGCCGGAGAUGCCGGCGCUGGCGGUGGUGGCCACGUUUAAGGUCUUGGCCAAGAUCUAUGGCCGCAGAAGCCAAGCGAGCCAGGAUCUGUCUGCGGAAUCCCUCACGGAGGUCUUGUUGCGUUGCACCGAUCCCCUGUUGAGACGCCUGGCGCAGGAGCAGCUUCCAGCGAAGGUAUCAGUGCGAGUGCUUCAAAGUUUGCAGGUGCUCCGCUGGGGUGGAGGUUUUUGCGACUCCAUGGUAAACUCCCCUGGAGUUUGGGGGAGCGCCAUGGUGGUGGGUGAGGGCCUGGGAGUGCAUGGCGGAAAAUGGGGCUCUGCGCCCUACUGGAAGAACCCCAAGCUGCCAAUGGCGCAGGUGGUAGCUGGACUACUGAUGUUUGGCCCGUUGCUGAUUGCAUUUUGGACACCCUGGAGACACAACUGCUGGAGUGGAACUCGUACCAGCUAUAUCCAGAUGUCUUUUGCAGGAACGGUGCCAUUCAGCGUCCUGAACCACUUUGGGCAUGCCUUCUGUGGCCGCUGGGUUCCCGUGCUACAAAAGUUGGAUAGGAGCGGGGAGCCGGAGAUAGUCGGAGGAGGCGAGGAAAAGAUGUCAUGGUUUCGAAGCUGCUUCAUACAAUCGGGUAAAAUCACCAUCUCAACUUUAUGA